AUGACGGCACGCUCGACACUCCCAGACAGGAACGUGACCGCUGCCACCAUCGAGGAAGCCUACGUGCAGUUCGUGCUGCAUUGCAAUCCCGCCGUGCCGGCUGAGACGGACACCGCUGCACUACGGGAGGCGUUCCGGGUGCCGCCAAAGAGCGGCGGCAAGAGCUUCAGCACUUUUACCCUAUUCCAGCUCAUCAGGCAGCUGGAGACGAAAGAGAUCAAGACAUGGGCCGAGUUGGCGCUCAAGUUGGGCGUCGAGCCACCCGACCAGGACAAGGGGCAAAGCUCGCAGAAGAUCCAGCAGUAUGCUGUCCGCCUCAAGCGAUGGAUGCAUUCCAUGCAUGCGGAUGCCUUUUUUGAGUAUUUGAUGGAUCAUCCGCAUCCGUACUGGACUGAGAUCCCUGACGACCCGACUCCUGUGUGUGAAGCAGGACGGGAUGGCGUAAUGGCUGAGGACGACAUGGCUCUUCGAGCCCUAUUACCACACAUCAAGCCUCGACGUGGUAGGAAACGUCCGGAAGAUGACGACCUUGCAAAGUCUCCAUCACAGCGCGCCAGGAUAGACUCGCCGCCAAUAGGGAACGGCUACAGAGAAAACCUGGGCUCGUGGUCUGCUCACCCCGAUGGCAGGGCUACCUUUGGCUGCUCAGAUCCUCUAAAGCUGAGCGCAAAUACAGCAUCGGCAUCCGGCUGGCCACAAGCCCCUGACGCGGCGCAGACACCACUCUCAGCGUACCCUCAAGGCCCAAUGUCUGCCAUCACGCCGUCGACAAACCGCAAUGCAUUCUGGGGUGAAGCGGAGCCCAGGUCGGCAAUCACGCCAUCAAAACCAAAGGGGUCACAUCGGAGGCACGGCGCCAAAGUCGUCUCUUCAGCAUGGCGGAGUGGUGGUCCCGGUGCCUCCGGCAAGACCCGCGGCAGGCCGCCGAUGAACAAGGCCAACGUCGACGGGCCGUUUGUAGCAUUUCCUGCGGAGGGACCAGCUUACAAAAAGCCUAGCCCAGAGAACAAAAGCGUCGAGACGCCGAUCACGCCCGCUGCUUCAAUAACCCAAAACACACCACCAGAUAUGCCCCAGGACUACUACUUACCGCGCAUACCGCAGAUGCCGCGGCCAGCGAAGCCCAGCAUCUCGUUACAAGUUCCCGACCGGCCCGGCGGCGCAGUCCGGCUGGCAACACCGCCCCCGCCUGUAGUCAUGGUCAACGGUGACCUACCAGACGCAGGGACUCUUCAAACGACGGCGCCGGCUGUCGAGCUACCUCCCGGCAGCGGUGACAACGGCUUGACACAACCGCCGGUAGAUCUGCGAGCCCAAGAGACCGCGCCAGACGUUCUGCCUGCCGUGAAGGGCAACGAGCCGCCGCCGCUAUCGAACGACAUCCCCGUCGGUAUGUUCGAGAACAUGGAAGACCGCACCAACAUCGAAGCCGUGCUCGGCUACUUCACCGAGGAGACGGCGAACGGCGAAUGGGUGGACCAGGACAACAACCCAAUCGAGGGGUGCAGCAUGGCGGAGGCGUCCGCACUAGUGCACACGACGGUCGAGAGGAUGUGGCAGACGGCACCGAACCAAGACGCCUUCCUGAUCAACCUUGCAGCAUUGGCCGGCGGUAGAGCGCUGAUGACGACAAGCAAGCUGAAGGUCAAGCGCGAGAUGGAGUACGAAGACCGCGCGACGUACAGCUGCGCGUGGGAGUUCCGGAUGGGGAGCAUCCGCGGCAACUACAACAUGGUGCAGACGGUCAUGUAUAACAGAUGGAAGAAGACCGAGGAGGAGAAGGACAGAGAUAAGCCGGCCGAAAAAGCGACGAUAGGGGGUGUCAUUGAACCAGAGUCGGGGUGGGAGCAGAAAUACCGCGACCUGCUGGCGGUGUCUGAACGGCGAGACAAGGAGUUGCAGGAUCUCAGGUCCGGACUGGUAUCGACGCUCAGCAAAACUUUCAAGGAUGCAAAGGAGCUGGACGAGAAGCAUGCUAAAAAGGUGUGA